AGUUCACGUUUUUAUAAAUAGCUCCAAAACGGCCUAUCUCCUACUAGCUAGGAACAAAUGGUUUCGUAUUUGACACAGAAUACAUGUAAAUAACAAUGCGGAAUGUUCUGAUUGUUGAUGGUAAGAUUGCAGAGUGCACUGUCAGCGAACAGGAGCUUCGGAUUGUUAUUCAGGGCCGGAAACCGAAAGAAUCCACCAUAGCAUUAGAUGACGUCAUAGUAAUUGAGAAAAAUGACGUUGCGCUGAAUGCCUCCACUGACCAAUCAAAAUCUGCAAAACCAAAAUGGCUGGGUAAGGUACACUACAUCACACGGAAGAAGUUGAUAUGGAAACAGGCCACGUUGUGUAUAACUGGACAGGUGUUGGAGUGUCAGCAAUUCAUCUCAGAUCUACAGUUACACUUCCAGAAAGUGUGUGACCUGCGCCCCAAGCGUUUCCUGGUGUUAGUGAACCCAAUUAGUGGCGGCAGAUACGGACAACGCAACUCUAAACGAAUAUUGCCAAUGUUUGAACGCGCUGGAAUCACCUGUGAUGUCAAAGUAUCAGAAAGAGCGAAACACUUUGAGGAGAUGGUAACAGAGUACGAUUUUUCAACUGUGGACGGUAUAGUAAUUUUUGGAGGAGAUGGCUCAUUUUCUGAGGUGCUUAACAGACUACUUAGGAUUUCCCAUGACAAGGCAGGAGCCAACUUCAAUGAUAUAAAUGGACCUUUUAUUCCUUGUACCAUACCAAUGGGCAUAAUACCCUCGGGAACAGGAAAUGGUAUAUCAUCAGCUGAAUACGGAAAUUAUGACGUUGUCACUGCCGCCCUCCACAUCAUCAAAGGAAACACCUGCAAGAUUCCCUUAGUGGCUGAUUACAGUGCAGAUGAGUUGAUAGGGUACGGCUCUGUGGUGACCGCCUACGGCCUAUUUGGAGACAUAAUGUAUUUCACGGACCAGAAACGCUGGAUGAGGAGAGCUCGUUAUCCAGUCAUGUCAUUAUACAUGAUCAUGUUGAAAACUCAUAGACUCUUCAAUGCUGAGAUAACCCUGACUGGCAGCCAACUCAAUCAAGAGGACAGUGAAAAAGAAGAAAAAAUGGACGGGGAGUUCAGCAAUGUGUCGUUCUUCCCUGCGGAAGUAUUUGGACAAGCUAAAGGAACAUGGAUGGUUAUUGUAUUUCGUCAAUUUUCCAGAUUAGAUUUUAUUCGUUUGAUGGGCAAAAUGGUUAACAGAGAGAUGUUACAGGAAGGGGAAAUCCCUACAAUAACAUUACGGCAGCCUUCCAGGAUCAGAAUAAAGGUCAAGCCAAAGGAUUUGGGUGACAAGAACUUCCUCAAUUACCUCAUGAACAUUGAUGGCGAAAUACACACGAUGAAACAGGCGGAUGUGACUAUGACGUCACUACCCAAUGCAGUCAGUGUUUAUUCAUCUCUACAUCUGUACCCCGAUUCCGUUUCACCUCCUCGUACAUCGACCUCAGCGCCGUCACCUGAUAGUGCUGCCGGCACCUGAAGAGGUUUGAGAGAGAAAACACACCAGUGACUGUGAGGACCAAAGUGAAACUAGAUGUUGGCAUUGCUCCACACACCGAUUUACCAAGUACCAUAUAAUCCAGACAUAACACUAUUGACUUGCUUUGAAUUGAUUCAUCAACAUAAAAAUGUCAACACAUCCCAAUAGUUUGUUAGGAAAAAUCAUGAAAAUUUCAAAUGACAAAACAUGACUUUAUAAAUGCAGCUGGGUAUAGUCCAAAACUUUCUUAUAACAGAAAUAUAUUGCAAUUUUGAAACAAAGGAUAUUUUUAACAUAUUGGGACAAUCUUAAUCAGCUCAACAAUUGGUGGUGUUUUUUUUAGAAAAUACAUGACACUGGCUGAUAUUAAUACAUCCGACUUUGUAACAGCUGUAUCAAAGAGGCCGCAUGACUGUAUUAAGAAACAACAUGUAUGUAACUGCAACUUGGCUAAAAUGUAUGACCAAGUAUAAUUUAAAGUACAGAAAUUGUUAUAUAAGACAGGAUGCCAAAAUACAGUUUGGUAGUAUAUUAUACAAGGAAUGGUAUAAACCUUUAUGUCUGAUAUGACAGGAUAUGUUGGAAAAAUUAAGAAAUUGUAUCAGGCAGGUUUUACUAUAAAAUAAAUAGACUUUAUUGUAUUAAAAAUAUUCGUCUAGAAAAUCUAUGUUGCAAUAGAUUACACGUAUAACAAUUAAGUAAAGAUAUAUUACACAUAUUAAUACCCUUCUUUAGUAUAUCUGUGAUCGUAUAUGUAGCACAAUAUGCUACAAAUGAUUUUCUCCUUACCCUAUAAAUUGGAAACAUCGAGUUCCGAAGCAUGCCAUUGAACUGAAAAAAAAUAAGGUUAAAUCUAAAUGUUACUUUUAAGGAGUUAUGCUACCUAAUGCAAACAUGCUUCCAAAAAGUUCAACAUCACAAAAUAUCAUUUGUGGUACUCAGAAAUCUCUUAUGAUUAAAGUAAAUAAAUAGUAAAGGAUUUGAAAUGCCACAAGAAUACAUGCAUCAUUUAUGAUAAGAAGAAGCAGUAUUGUCAAUCAAACAAAUUUUGAAUAGGACGACUUCUAGUAUUCUAAAAUCAUUUGAUUGAUAAAUAUCAAUUACAUGUAUUUACCAGGUAGCAUGUGUCCUUUUUUUCGUUGCUUUCUUGCCAAAUACACUAAUAUGAAAUGGUCUAAUUUUCAGAAUUGUUUUUAGAGAAAAACACUCUUGUCACUUCUUGUCACUCCAUCCAUUUCAUCUCUCAAAAACUUUUAUACAAGUGUUAUAGGUAUGAAUAUACCUUGAACAGGUUCUGUUCCAGGGUUCUCUAUAUACUUAAGGUUGAGUUCAUUAUCCUAACAGUGUUUUAGAAAACUGUCAUCAGCCAAGCGAUUUUUGCGAAACUUCCUAAAAAAUACCUCGACUGAGUUGACAUUUCAAGGUUCUGGGCUUAAAGUCAAUGUUACCUAUGAUAAAGUUAUUAGAAAAAAAAAAUAGAAAAACAUUUCUAAUAUUCUCGACAUCUCGCACUUCAAGGUGCUAUAUAUGCUCAAAGAAAAGAGUUGUAUUUAACAUAGAACUUGAUUUUGAAUUCCCUUAACUAAGCACAUCAUGAAAUUUCAUUUAAAUGUUAGAAUGUUUUACAUGUGUGAAUGUCUAGACUUAAUGCUUGUAUAUGAUAAGGUGUUGAUUCAUAAUUGUUUUAUAUCAAUAUGUAUCCGUUUAUUUCAUGAAAGAAUAAUUGUUUUAGUAUUACCAAUUAACAGAAUGUAUUUUUUAUAUUAGUAAAAAUGUGUUUUGAAAUUAGAAA